UAAACACAGCUGUUUGUUAUUAACAGCAACCGGCGCCAAUUUCCUGUUACACUUAUUUAUAUUUAUUGGCAAUUACUUUUGCAAAGUUACUCGAAAAUGACAGACAAGACUGAUAAAGAAUGUCGAAUGCCAUGGGUAGAGAAAUAUCGACCUUCAAAGCUGGACGAUUUAAUCUCGCACGAGGAAAUCAUCUCUACAAUAAAUCGCUUCAUCAGUCAAAAACAAUUGCCGCAUUUACUCUUCUAUGGCCCUCCCGGUACCGGCAAAACCAGCACCAUUCUCGCCUGCGCUAAGCAGCUCUACAGUCCAGCGCAAUUCAAAUCGAUGGUGCUGGAGUUGAAUGCUUCCGAUGAUCGCGGUAUUGGCAUUGUGCGUGGACAAAUACUGAAUUUCGCCUCAACUCGCACCAUUUUCAGUGGCACCUUCAAAUUGAUUGUCUUAGAUGAGGCUGAUGCUAUGACGAAUGAUGCACAAAAUGCGCUGCGACGUAUUAUUGAAAAGUAUACGGAGAAUGUGCGUUUCUGUAUAAUUUGCAAUUAUCUAAGCAAAAUUAUACCAGCAUUGCAGUCACGUUGUACGCGUUACCGCUUUGCGCCACUCUCGCCUGAGCAAAUAUUACCGCGACUGGAUACGAUUAUUGAAAAGGAAAAGCUCAAUGUCACUGAAGAUGGCAAGAAAGCGCUGAUGACACUUUCCAAAGGUGAUAUGCGCAAGGUGCUCAAUGUCUUGCAAAGUACCUCAAUGGCAUUCGAUGUCGUUAAUGAAGAUAAUGUAUACACCUGUGUUGGUCAUCCAUUACGCAGUGAUAUAGAACGCACUUUGCAGACACUACUAUCCACAGAGAAUUUCGAGCAGGCUUACGAUGAAAUUCAACGCAUCAAAUCUGUGCGCGGCCUAGCGAUGAGCGAUAUUCUCACGGAUUUACAUUUAUUUGUUAUGCGCUUGGAGCUCCCGCCAGGCGUUAUGAACAAGUUAGUUAUAAAAAUGGCCAACAUUGAGGAACGUUUGGCGAAAGGUUGCACUGAGUCUCCUCAAACAACAGCAUUGAUUGCAGCAUUCUUCAUCUGCCGCGACAUGGUAUCGCUGGAGAGUUAAACCGGACAACGAAUCGCUACUCUCGAAAAAGUAUUUUUUUAUUGUCGUAGGAAGAACACAUUUUUUGCACCCCUUUUUCAUUUGCUCAUUUAUUCAUUUUGCUUAUUUGCGCACUGCCUUUGUAAACUAAAAGAUUACUUUCCAUAGUGGACUGUGGAUAUGUUAAACUGA